GAGACUCAUUCUCUAGGGUUUCGAAAGUUUUCGUCGAGAGCAACGAAGUCUUUGCUUUCUGAGCCAGGUACCAUGAGGCCUAUCUUCUGUGGAAACUUUGAGUAUGAUGCUCGCCAGUCUGAUCUGGAACGGCUCUUCAGACGAUAUGGAAGAGUUGAGAGAGUGGAUAUGAAAUCUGGUAAGUUCUCAUGCUAUGGAUAACAGGUUCAUCUAAUGAUUGCCGUUAUAUCUUGUGCAUUACUUUGAAAUGUUACUUUUGAAGUUAAAUUCUUCAGGAUUGUGAUGAUAUUGGAAUAUAUGCCAUUCCAUAUGAUUUUUUCCUUGAUACAUGAAUGAAGGAGAAUCUGUUUUGGUAUUAAUGUGAGAAGGGUAUCUAUAUUGGAUUUUGGACCUUAUAGAAUUUUCUGUCUAAAAACUUCCAAAAGCAUUAUUCAAAAAUAGUUGUUGUAUGUUGCUAAGAAUAAAAUGGGUUAACAUUAGCAGUAGUAUUCCUAUUUUGUGGCAUUUGAAUCAUUGGACCCCUUCUGCUGAUAAAGAGGAACAAAUGAGUGUGUUCAGAAAGGAGAUUAACUGAAUGGUAUCCAGCUUAGUGUGAUAGGUAAGGCUUUCGUUGGUCGUCAUGAUGUAUUUAUCGUAUUUUUUUAUUAUUAUUUUGAGGAUGUCUUCAUAGAUAAGAAGGGAUUAAUAGAAUUACCUUAAAUUCAUAAUGUGCUCUUAAAUCUACAAUGCCAAUCAAUGCAUGCACAUAUUUACCCAAUAAGGCAGUAAAGUUCCUCACCAGCAACACAUGUCAGUGCAUCCAAAAUUCGUUCCUGAAGGUUUCUUCUCUCAUCGCAAUGUCUGGUCAACAGCAUGAUCUCAGAAUAUGCGACUUGGCAACAUCAGUAAUCCAUUGUUGAGUUUCAGUGGGGCUUCAGGAUAUUUUUAAGGCGGAAAAAGGGUAUUUGAAACAUAAGCCCCCAUGCUCAACAUUUUCUUUGCGCAGGAUUUUCAUGUGAUGUAGUGGAGGGACUCCUCAGAAUUCUCUGUUUCCUGCCUGUGACGAGCUAAUUCUUCUUGCUUGCAAGAAGAGUCACUUUGUUGAGUUGUUCUGCAAUGGCAACACUAUUCCUCAUUUUCCUCAGACACUAUUGCCUUCCAUUCCUCAUGACUUUUGCCCAGCCUCCAAUUCCAGACAUGUUUCAAGAUAGAAACAUUGCCGACCUCAAAGCAGAGGCAGCAGAAUAAAUGGAGAAGGCAUGGCAAUCUAUAUCCAUUGACCUUCCAUGAGACAUGCACUUUUGGGUUCUUUCCUUGACAUCCACUUAGUUCUUCACACAAGGUCUGUUACUACUUUUACUGGUCACUUAGCUUAUAGAUUUUAGGGAAGUUGCCAAAUUUUUA